AUGACAUCGAACUUUAACCUCCCUUGCGCGAUGACCAGAAUCGCGCCUCCAUCCGAAGAGGACUAUUCCCACGAACCUUCCAAUCUGAGUCUCUGCGGAGACAGUUACUUCUUCAGCGGACGCUUUAGAAGCUAUGGCCGAGUCCCCAAAGCUGUCGAGGAAAACAAUGAACUGGACUUUGACCAUGUGCACGGAGCGUAUACCACCGAGUACAUCGUGCUUGGACCCAAUGAACGAUACUUUCGCUGCAGGCGUAUCCGCGAAGGCGAAGUUGCCGCCAUGAACAGCAGUGACCUGGAAGAUUACGAAAAAGUUGCCGACUUCUGCGAUGACCACCAAGUCGAGCGCCCAGCCUUUCUCUGCUUCGGCCCUGACGGCACGUUCUACAUCCGUACCGUGAACGACGAAGAGAAGUGGAAGCUCCCCGCCGACACGGUCCGCGACGCUCUGCAGGUGACGCCAGGCGCCGCGCAAUCUGGCGUUCAGGGUCUCUGGCUCGGCGACGGGGGUUCAUGGGUGGUCCAGUACCGCGACGGCAGCUUCCGCUUCGAUCUCCGAGGCCGGUAUGUCGCUCUAGAGAGGGCACUGCGACAGGCUCAAGAGGACGGCGUCCGAAUCAGCGGCCUCGCUCUGAACCCGCUUGAUGCGGAUUCGUAUGCUUGCGUCUUUAGUGACGGAGUGGUUGAGUACGAGGCCGGGCAAGCUGGAUUUGAUGGAAAGGAAUUUGAGAAGUGGUGUGAGGAGAACUUUGAGCUGAAGGAGCUUCACAAGCUGUUGGCUGAGAUUUCCGAGGUCACUAAAAGUAACUGGCCAUGA